UUUUGCGUCAGUCAUCGUGUCAACGUGAACGUGAUAAGUUCAAUCUAUUCGUGAUUUAUUCAGAUUUUGUUGUUUAAAAUGAGUGCCGUAGAAUCAAAGCCGCUGUUCAGGGACCUGAAUGCCGAGGACCCGGAGCCGGAAUGCACAGAAAUUGAGUCCAUGUGCAUGAAUUGCCACGCAAAUGGCAUGACUCGUCUGCUGCUCACUCGCAUCCCGUACUACAAGAAUGUGGUGAUCAUGUCGUUCUCGUGCGAGGAGUGCGGGUACGCCAACAACGAGGUGCAGCCGGGCGGCGCCUUCGCUGAUGUGGGGGUCAGAUGGAAGCUCCAAGUGGAGAAGCCUGAAGACCUGAACCGGCAGGUGGUGAAGAGCGACUACACGAGCGUCAAGAUACCUGAGCUGGACUUUGAGAUCCCUGCACAGAGCCAGAAAGGAGAAGUAACAACAGUAGAAGGCAUAAUCUCCCGCGCCAUCGCCGGCCUGCUACAAGACCACGAGCGGAGACAGUCGGAGCAUCCUGAGGCAGCUGCACAGAUCACGGAGUUUGUGGGCAGGCUGGAGGCGCUGAAGACACUGGAGAAAGGGUUCAGCGUGGAGAUUGAGGAUAUUAGUGGCAACUGCUUCGUGGAAAAUCCGGAGGCUCCACAGAAAGACCCGCGCUGUGUUCGCACAGAGUUCAAGAGAAACGACGAACAGAACCAUUUACUGGGGGUGUUCACUCAUGAUGAGCGCGGCGACACGGCGCCCCCGACCGGUCUGCUGACGGCGUCGGACCCCGCGCAGCACAGCUACGACCGACUGCAGGGAGACGAGGUGAUGUCAUUCCCGACCAACUGCCCGGAGUGCAACGCGCCCGCCGACACCCGGAUGAAGCUUACCCAUAUACCGCACUUCAAAGAAGUGGUGAUAAUGGCCACGACUUGCGACGCGUGUGGACAUCGCACCAACGAGGUGAAAUCCGGUGGCGGUAUCGAAGACAAGGGAGUGAAGUUUGAGAUUCGCGUCGCUUCAAAGGAUGACUUCUCUCGCGAUAUACUGAAGUCAGAAACCUGCUCCAUGUCAAUCCCCGAGUUAGACUGCAGCGUGGGCGGGCGCGCGCUCGGCGGCCGUUUCACCACCGCGGAGGGGCUACUGCGAGCCACGGCCGAGCAGCUCGCCGACUGCCCUGGCGCUACGGGCGACGCGCCGGGACAGAGCGGGAAGUUGGAUAGUUUCAUCAAGCAGCUCGAAGAAGUCCUGGCCGGGACUAGAACCGCGACCAUCGUGCUGGACGACCCCGCCGGCAACUCGUACGUGCAGAGCCUCAACGACCAGUGUCCCGACCAGCCGGACGACGGUCUGAAAGUGACCCGCUACGAGCGUUCCGAGGAGCAGAACGAAGAGCUGGGCCUCAACGACAUGAAGACUGAAAACUAUCAGAACGACAGCUAGUCGUAGGUGUUCUCUUCUUA